AUCUCCGCACCACACCGCCCACUCUCAGCCACACACAUCACUCCACUUCAUCCCCCUCUCCUCGACACGGGUCCCGUGAGGAAGUGCGCCGGCGACGAGGCGGGUUGCGCCAUCCACGAGGCAGGCGGCGGCGAAGAGGAUGCGGGCGGCAGCGGCCGGCGGCGGCCGGCGAGAGGAGGUGGCCGUCGGACACGAGGAGUGGAAGCCUCAAAUAGCAUGCGGCGGUCGAUUUAGGAGGUGGAGCAGCAGCCGAUUUGGGUGGCGGAGCGGCGGACGAUUGGGAGGGGAGAUCACCGGCAGCGUCCCCAUGGGUGUACGAGGAUCUGGCCUUCAUCGCCUGCUUCCAUGCGUGACGCCGUAGGCGCGGAGCUUGGUCCAGAGCAACAUUGCUCGGGGAGGAGCUGGCCAUGGACGGGAGCUGCGUUCAGAACCUCACGACGGUUGUAGAAGGGGGCGCGGGGUUCAGCGACAACAGGGCCACCGACCACCAUAGCUCUUCAUGGCUGGGUGUGUGUGUCCUGCAUGGUCAGGUGCUCCGCACGCCGUGUUGCUUCGUCCCGUCCGAUGGCUCUGGAUCUGUACUCGAAGCAGGCGAAGAGCUCUGAACUCCAAGCAGACGGACAAGUGCCCAGAUGAACUUCAAGCAGUCGAUCAGGCUACUGGCUCUGGACUCCAAGCUAGGAGAAGAGCUUGCUGAUCCCAUUUUCUCUGGGAGUUCAAGGUGAUAUUCUGGCUAGUCCCCUUCGUCGCACCUGCUACUCCCGGCCACGCACGGCUAGUGCUGCUCUGUGAGCAUAAUUGUCACUUUUUUCCUUACCAUGUAGAGGUCAAAUGGCUUACCAACUAGAUGUAGUAUGUGCACAUGUAAGAUAACAAUAUACAUGCAAUUCAAAUAUCAUGUGUUGCCAUGGCAAUUUAAUUUCACACACCCUCGCAAAUUAUUCCCCCAUGGGAAAUAAUUCAUAAAAAGCAUGGCAAUUACAUCAUAGAAUUAGAAUAAUCUUUGCCAUGCUCAAAGUUUGUAUCAAGUACAAAGUUGCCAUGCUGAUUUCUAGGCAGAUAAAAACAGUCAAACAUUUUUAGAUAAAAAUUUGCCAUGCUAUUUUACAGAACACACAAAUAUUUGCAGCUUUCAUAUAUAACUGAAUAUUUGUACAGUAAGUUCAGUUCUCAUUUGGAGCUAUCACAACAUUUUUUUGUCACUAGUAGUGUGUCUCAAGCAGGUUGUUAGGGGGUGUUCAACCUCUGGUGAACGAAUUGUGCCUUCUUUGCAUGGUUAGUUUUGUGGCUCUAGGAUGGCAAAUUUUAAGGCGUUUCAUUUUUGUGGUUGAUUGUCCUGCCAGUGUGGUGUUGGCAGGUCUAUGUUCGACGUCGCUGGUCGUCUUUGGAGUAGCUCGAUGGGAUGGGGAGGCGUUCAAGUUGGGGCUUUUUUCAUCCCGAAGAGUCCAUCGUUGCCCCACUCGUACCGAACGAAACGUGCGAUUUGGGGUGCUACCAGACCAAUCGUCAGCAGCAUAUCGCGGUCCUAAAUUUAAAUUUUUUGCCAUCGCAUUUUUUCGUUAAUUGGCAUGGCAAAUUUAAGCUAAAUCUAGUGGUAACUUUUAAGUUUUAUUGCCAUGGCAUUUUUUUAUCUUUUAUUUGUCAUGGCAAUUUUACAUUUUUUCAUGCCUAAAUUACCUAUAUCUACAUGGAAAAUAUUUAACUAUUAUUGCCAUGGCAAUUUUCACUCUUUUUUUUGCCAUGGAACAUUCACAUUUAUUUGCGAUGGCAAAAUUACCAAUAUUGCCAUGGAAAAUUUACUUAAACCACCUUGGCAAUUUUUAAAUUUUAUUGCCAUGGCAUUUUUUACUCUUUAUUUUUGCCAUGGCAAUUUAUAUUUAUUUUCCAUGGCUAAAUUAUCUAUAUCAACAUGGCAACAUGGAAAUUUUCACUUUCAUCUUUUUUCAAGGGAUUUUUACGUACAGUGCAAGUUGCCAUGACUUUUUUUCCGUGCCAUUGCAUAAAGAAAGAUCUUUUUGUCCAUGGCAAAAUCUGUUUUGUUAAAUACGAAUGGCAUUUUCUGGUUUGCAUCACUGGGAUUUUUUAGUUAUCAAUUUUCCCCUUUUCAAUGGCAAUUUUUUCAUAGCAUAGCAAAAUCUGGGCUUUCUUUCACAAGCUUAAAAUAUGUCUUUUAGUCACAGUAGAAACUGGGCCAUACUGGGCUUUUCUUUUAUUAGUCAACAGAAGGCAGCGAUGCUGGGUGUUCGGGCUGGGGCUCCUCUGGUCCCGAACUACUUUGUUCGAUCGAUGCCCAGAUUCCUCCCGAACGAAUCGUUUCCUCCCGAACGAAUCGUUCGGCCUGGGGAGGCCCCAGACCCAACGUUCGGCCGUUAUCCGUGUCCAAAAUCAAGAGUGAAAAAUCUUGAACAAGCCUAGACGAGAAAUACUAUGGGACCGGAGAGCAUUGCACGAGAGCUCUGGUUUCCGGUCCGCCAGCGCGGAGCGCGCCUCCUCGGCAGCCGGAGGCCGCUCAUCGCAGACGGCUACGGCGUGUACUCCCUGGCGCGCCGCCGCUACAUCCGUACGACGCGGCACCAGCGCUACCGCGUGCUGAGAGAGGAUCUCACCCCGCUCGUCAAAGCCUACCGCUCACUGCAAAAGCUCGGGAUGGAAAACUGGCCGGAGUACGACGAGGAAGCGAAGAGGAUCAUGCUCUGGAAGCGCAAGCUCAUGGACAUGUACUGGGACGCCGCGCCGGACAAGCGCAGGGCGAGCGCCACGGAGCGCUACCUGAGGGUGCGGUACAAGCACCGGAUGCUCUACCCUUUCGUGGCGUGCAACGGCGUCGUCGUGGCCGGCGGUCUGGCGCAGCGGAUACUCGGGAGAAACAUGCCAAUCUUCGGCCUGCUGCUCUACAUCUUGGCGAUAUGGUUUCUGGUAGCACUGACUGAGAUAGUGGUCUCGGCUAGGUGGAUGACGUGGAUCCUCCCCCGCUCCGUAAUCUACAACGUUUUGGAAUUUGAGUUCACAAAUUGAUUCCACGGACAUUUUCUGUUAGUACAAGGGGCCAGAUUCUUCUUCCAUGUAAUAGUAUAUUGCUGCUUUUCAUAAUGUCUUUUUUAGCAA